AUUUACAGAUUGGCAUGAAUAUAAAAGCACCAUUGACACCUGCAGACAGCAUCAUUUGCUUCAGCCAAGCAGUGUAGUAAAGAAACUAAUCCAGCUCAGCCAUCAUGUUCAAAUUUAUUGUAGCAGCCGUCAUUUUGGCUUUGGCCCACGCCGACCAUAUUGACCACGAUGCCCACAUCGUUUCACAGCAGAGUGAUAUUCUUCCUGACGGACAAUAUCAAUAUUCCUACGAAACCAGCAAUGGUAUUGCUGCACAGGAACAAGGAGCUGGAGGCGUGGCAGCCAAUGGCAAUGCUAAAUAUGUUGCACCUGAUGGCCAAGUCGUUCAACUUAGCUACACUGCUGACGCAAAUGGAUUCGUCGCCCAAGGUAGUCACGUACCACAAAUCCCUGAAGAAAUCCUCAAGUCUUUGGAGUGGAACAGGGCUCACCCCGAAGAAGAUGACUACCUCCAUCCAGAAUUGAGUGCUGGUCACGCUGCUCCAUUGGCAGCUGCUGGUCCAGCUUAUUCAGCCCCACAAAUUGUUACCAUUCGUCCUCACGCUUACACAACAGCACGUCCCUACCGCCACUAAAACUUAUGUAACGUUGGAUAGUUUGUAAGCUUUUUUUAAAAAAAUAGAAAAAUUGAAAAAAAA